CAGAACACAAGCGUCUGACAGGAAGUCUGCUGCUGAAGAGUACUGCAUCCCUGCAGCGCUCUCCCCACAUUAAACUCCAAGCUAAUGAAAACAAUCUGGUGAGGAGAAAGAGAGAGGGAGAGAGAGAGAGAGAGAGGAGACCCCACAAGCCUAAUUCCUAACCGAUGGCUUGAGGGAAUUAAUCGCAAGAUAAUUGGCAAGAGAAAGCUCUUACAAGAGCAUAGAACGGCAAAGACUGACAAGAAGUUUAAAAACUCCUUCCAACUUUGUCUUUUAUUUCCAAGGUUUCUUCUACACGUAAGCCACUCACUGAGAAGACGUUUAUUUUAUUUCAAACAAAAGGUCAACAGGAUUUUUGAGCUAACUGUGGAAGAUAACAAUGGCCGUUCCGUUGGCGAUAUGGCUGCUUGUCCUCACAAGUGUAUGUCCAAGUACAACGAACCCCGUCACCAACACAUCUGAAUUGCCGACAUCAGCAAACUCAGCAGAAUCAUCCGGCUCACGUGAAAUUGACUCCAGUACUAAUGAUGUGACCUUUACAACUACCGAGAUGUCAACAUUUAGCAGCAGCACUAACCGUAUUUACACAAGUGAAUCUACUGUUACCACUUCAGGACCUGUCCCCAUUGGUGCUGCUAUCAUGAAGUUCAUUAACGACCACAUGAGCUUAAUCAUCAUUGCUGGGGUUCUUCUGAUCUUACUGAUUAUCAUAGUGUGCACUGUGGUGCUGGUGAAGCAAAGCUACAAGGCUUCAGCCUACUACCCAUCUUCAUACCCCAAGAAAAAGUAUGUGGAUGAGCAAGACAAAGGAGGUUCUACCAAGACAUUUAAUGAACUUCCCGAGAAGGUCAAUGAUGAGACCAAGGAAGAUGGGGGCAGCUCUUCUAAGCAACUGGAAGCGGACUUACUCACGGCGACCCACAAUCUCAAAAAGAAGACGCCAUCCAAAGGAGAGGCUGAUGCAGCUGAAAAGGGAGAGUCCUCCCAGACCACAGACAAGGAGGGAGGGAGCAGCACAUCACCCGGAGCAGGAGCAAAAGAAGGAAAAGGCCAAACAUCAGACACAACUGAAAACAAGGAUGACAAAGCACAUGAAACAGACUGCAAAGAGGCUGGAAGUGAAAAACUGCCCAAGGAGAAAGAGCAAAAGGAAGCAGGAGAAGGAGCUGGAAGAGGAAACAAUGAAAGUGAUGAUGAGAAGGGAAAGGCUCAGGGGGCAAAGAAGAAAUUAGAGAGUGGAGAGGACUCAAGCACCAGCUCCAAUCAGAUAGCAGAUGCAACCAAGACAAAAGGCAUGGAUAAUGUAGUCAGUCCAGAGGGCCAGGAGCCAAAGGAGGUUAAGUUAGCACAACAGGGGUUUAAUGAAGAAUCCACUGUUGCUGAACCCAGUGCAGACAACGUCAGCAACCUAGAGAAAACCCCAUUGAUUCCAAAUCCCAAUGGCGUGCCCAAUGACAGCAGAGCUUGUUAAACAAUCAAAGGAUGAACCAACAUCAGAUCAAUAUGGGAUGUAAACAGAGGACUACUUGAAUGUUGACUAUCUGGAGUGUUUGCUCAGCUUACAACAAAACCGCAUAUUUUCAAUCAGAUGCUUUUGAAAACAUAUUUUACAUAAAAAUUUCAGCAUAAAAGAUAUGCAGGAGGAUGAUAACCAGAAUAAAAACUGCAACUAUUUUGAAUACUUAAAGAAAAGUUAAAAAAAUUAAGUUUUAUAAUUUCUUUUAAUACAGCGUUGGAACAUUACCCUAGGCCCAUGAGAUUGAUUUUGAUUCCCAUGACAAUGGGGGGAAUAAUCCUAUAAAUGGGAUAACCACAAGGAAAUUCCACUAUCCAGGAAUGCUUGAAUUUGCUCUUUGGACAGUUUAACCACUGUGAAGGAUUGCAGAUAUAAGUCAUUCGACAAAUUUUCGAAUUUAAAGCAUCAUUACCCAACCAGGUAACCCCAAAUCAGAACUCCAACCAAUUGACUCGCUAGCUUAGACUUCAAAAUUUUCAUUCAUGUUGCCAAUCCGUUCCCCUCUCAUGCAACUAAAUUUCAGCCAUCAGAGUGGAUAUUUAAACUCGUAUUACAAGAAACAGAUUUUGAGUCUGUGUGUUCGGACCUACCCGUAGCAGAAGCCUACACGCCUCAGACGCAUGGGCAAUUAAUUGAUGGCUACUAGCAAGCAUUCCUGCACACUGGAAUGUAGUCAUUUAAGUUUUUCACCAUUCUCUGUAAAGUGCUAACAUGUAAAUUUAAAGGAAUUUGUGUACCCACAAAUGCAACCUAAUUAAAGGAUCUUCCAAAGGAGACAUACACCAUUAAUGCAGCCAAAAUAAAACUUUAAGGAAAAAGAAUUGCUGGAAAUUUUAACCCUUGCAUAUCCCAGCAAGUGGAUCAAAUUGGCAACAGCCAAAAAUAAUAAUCUGAAAUAAGGGUAGAAAUUUCAAAACUUAUCAAUGUAUCUCUUAUCCCAAAAUCAUCGUUCACUUAAGGUUUGAACAAAAGAAUUUCAACAUAAACUUUUUUUUUAAAAGAAUUAUUGUCACAGGUUGUUCAGGCAGGAUCUGAACAAAAUUAAACACAGAGCAGUUUUAAUGGGGGUAAAGCUCCUUGAAAGAAACUUAAAGUUUAUCAUACUAAACUGCAAUAUCCAGUCAGGUAACUUGGGCACAAUUAUCCUUCUAUUUUAGUGCUGAGCUCUCCUUUGCUUUUAGAAUUAGUAAAACUAGGCACAUUUUGUGAGAAAUGCUUUAGAAUCUUCUAAAAUCCAAAAGGUUAGGCUCAUUACAUAUGUUACUGAUAUACAGAGCUCCAGGAAGAAGGCAGAGUGCUUCCAGCUACAGAGUGAAUUCAGUGCCAGCAUGAUUCAGAGGGGUGAAGAAGCCAGAUUUAACCCCAAAACCACCAUCUGGAGUGAUCCAGAGGUGAAGAGGCCGAAUUUAACCCCAAAACCACCAUUUGGCUUGCUGGCCAUGUGGGGUCUGAGUUUAGUCAGCAGGGCGCAGUUAUGGCAAAUUGGCCACUAUGACAAGUCAAUUUAGGAAAUCCAUUUUUGCUUUAGAUUUUCACAGGUAGCUUCCUGAGGCUAGCGCAUUAUUCUCACUGUCUGGUCGAUACUCAGAUGUCAAGACUGCAGACGGCCUGCUCCAAAAGAACAAACAGCCCCCUUCCAUAGACAGAGCUCCAUGGGGGAGGGCUCCCUCCUUUGCUUUCUCCUUCUCCAGCCUGUAGAUGCUGCAAACCCUGCUUUGUGUGUUGCAAUGCAGCAUGGAUUGGGGAACAGAGUGAAAAGGGUUGCGGGAGGGUGCGGGUGAAGUGGGGAGGGGUAGUGUGAAUUCAAACCUGCAAGAUCACGACUGGAAACCCUUCAUAAAAACAGAAAAUGUGGGAAGUGCACAACAUCAGGUUAAUCUUGAGAUGUGGAUCAUUCAAACAUUGGGUUAAUAUGCCCUAGAUGUUAACCCUUUCAGAGUGUUUUCAGCGUGAUUGCAGAUCCUGCCUCGUCGCUUCUUGAGAUAGUUCGAUUGAUCAGAAUAUUUUAUGCUUGUUUCAUUAAUCUACAACAUAAAACUAUGAUUAAUUAGCACAGAUUUUCUUCCUGUUUUUAAACGAUUUAUCAUUUAUCUGUCUGCCACACUCCCUCCCCCCACCCCUGCUUCUACUUUUGGUCCCCAUCUCCCAGUGCACCCAUUCUCUAAAAGAGGCCUGUUACUUGUGUCACCAGCUGCAGGGGAACAAGGGGAGUUCACAAGAACACCUGCUGGAACUGACCUUCAGAAUCUUCCCACCCUAGGGAAGUUCCUUCGUUCAGUGCCUCUUCUUACACCCCGCUAAUAAGGUGGUGAGCUCACUGUGUGAAGCGCAUAGCAGUGCAUUCCCACCCCACAUUCUGUGGCACUGCACGCCAUGCCGGACAGCCAUGUUUAGAUCAUCAUGUGUUACCAUCUUGUAAUGAGAAUCUCACAAAGCUGAACAAUAUUAAACAUUCUGUUUAAUGCUUUUCUGUUGAGUUCAGAGAUGUAGUGCAACUUACUGCUGGCAAAAUACAAUAAUAAACAAUUUUUAAUAAAA